AUGUCGCAACCGAAUCUGGUCUGCUUCUGCGACUGGUCCCAGCUGAGUCUGGCGGGAGACGAAGAUCAUCAGCACCGCCCGUUGUCAAGGAGAUCAGACGACGUUUUCACCUUCAUCAAGGGGAGGGACUUGUCGGAAAAACUGGAGAGACACAAGCGUUUCCUGGCAGCCUUGACGAAGGGAGAGCGCGCUAUCGCCGUCGGGAGAGAACAGAACACACAGGCGGGGAGCCGGCACGGACGCAGGCGUCGGACAGACGGACGCCUGGAAGACAAGACGGCGGUGCCGCGGGCAGCGAGCGCUUCGAGCGCCGUCGGCAGGCACUCGCCGUGGCCUGUCGCCACAGUCGACAACUUUGUGUCCAAGAAGAAGACGCUGUACCGUAAAUACGAGACUCCACAUUGCGAGGAGGAUGUAUUGUUAGAGAGGAGGAAAGCAGUUUCCGGGGCUGGGAUCGAGCCGCGGUUGCUGGCGACCUACAAGUGGCGGCGGAAGGGCGGGCAUGUUGUCCUGAGGGACAUGCUGGUGCCGAGUGGGAACGGACUGCCCUGCAGGAAGGCGUACGUCGACGUCCACCUGCCCAGGAUCGAGUGUGAAGGACCCGUUCUCAGGUUAUCUCACAGACACUAA